AUGCAGCAGGGCCGCCCGUCCCUCUGCUGCGUCGCCAGCAUCCGCGGCUCGCAGGGCGCACCUGAGCCAGCUGCCGCCGCCGCCGCCGCUCACUUCAGCUUCUGCCGCAGCCUCCUGGAGCACACGGUGUCAGCUGAGAACCUCAGCUACCGCCUGCAGCGCAGCCCCGGCACCAGCCUCACCUGGCACGACGGGCGCAGCCAGCGCGGCGAGGGCAGCCGUGCCAUCAAACUCCUGCGGCAGCCGGGCACAGAGGGCUCCCAGGGCCGUGGCUGCGAUCACUAUGGCAUCUACCACACCAGCCCAACGCUGGGCAGCCUUACCAAGCCAGUGGUGCUGUGGAGCCAGCAGGAUGUGUGCAAAUGGCUGAAGAAGCACUGCCCACACAACUAUCUCAUCUACGUCGAGGCGUUCUCCCACCACGCCAUCACAGGUCGGGCUCUGCUGAGGCUCAAUGGGGAGAAGCUGCAGCGUAUGGGCAUUGCCCACGAGGCGCAGCGGCAGGAGGUGCUGCAGCAGGUCCUGCAGCUCCAGGUGCGUGAGGAGGUCCGGAACCUGCAGCUGCUCAGCCAAGAUUGUACCAACACUGUGAACCGAGCAGCUCUGGGAUGGACUGUGCACUGCAGAUACGAGACCUGAGCAGCAUGCUUGGAAUACGAAGAGACAGCUCCCGAGCCACUCCAGGGCUUUUCUCUUUCUUCUCUCUCUUUCUUUUUUAUGAAUACAUUUCUGGGCAGAGAUGGGAUGCUUUCUUCAACAGACGUGGUUCCCAGCUGGAGGAAAAUUAGCAAAGCAGUCGGUGGGACAGGUGAACUUUGGCCCGUCUGAGCCUGACGGGAGAGACUGCAAAAAGAACCAGGGCUGAGCAGUGUGGGCAACUCCAGCACGGCCAUUUGUGGGAUAAACAGGAGCUGCACAUGGGAUGCUGAUGCCUCUGCACACGAGUGGUGCCCAGUGCUUGGAGCGGCUGGGAGAGCUGCGGGCUCUGCUGGUGUCAAUGCCUUGGAGCUUCGUUCUCCUUUCGAACUGGGCUGUCUUCCAGUGUCCUAGGAGAUAACGUUAUCGGCAGCGAAUAAGAUGACCCAACCAGGCAAAGAAAUUAAAAGCAGGGCAGUCACCAGUGCCUGGCUCCACUUUGUGAAUUAAAAAGGGAGCUGAGUCAGCAGCAGUGGAAGCCCAGGGGUCAGCACGUUCCAGGGGAUGCUGCACAGGAGAUGCUCCACGUCCUUUCUCUGUCCUCAUCCACAUGCCUGGUUCCCUGCUCUCUGGUCCCAGGCUCUAUUUAUUCCUUCCCAAUGCUGCCCAGGCUUUGUCCAGGCCCUUCUGCAGAGGUCUACCCCUCCAGAGCUCUUGCAAACUCCCAACCCUUCAGGGGGCUUUGACAGUGCCAUCCAUACCAGCACCGUCCCCAAAUCCCAGCUGAUGAUUGAAAGGAGGUGACAUUUCUAGUUGCAUCCCCCAGUGCCCAGGGACAC